AUGUUGAAUUCUAAAAAAUCCAUUAAAUUUCAACUUCAACGAGAAUAAAAACAAUUCCAACAUAUAAAUAUUAUUCAGAUUGAUGAUAACCUUUAAUAGUUAUGUAAACUCCUUGAUAAUUAACAAACUCUCAAAACUGAUAUAUAAAAAUAAACAAAAAAAGUAUUAAAAAAUAGUAAAACCAUAAUUACAACCAAUAAGCAAUCAUCUUUAAUUAAAUUCAUUGUCUAAAAUAAAACAAAGAUAUUUUAAUAGAAAGAAAACUAUGAGCGAUCUUCUAUUUUCAAAAGUCUCAUUAUUAAGUAAACUUAGCCAUUAUCAAAACCUUCGAUAGGGUCAUGCAGAGAAAAAAAAGCCAUUUCUGUAUAAUAUCCUAGAAGACUGUCAACUUUUUAAAAUAAAGUUUGCAAUUCCUAUUAAGACAUUUAGAUUGGACCUUGGGAAGAAUAUUAUAAUUGA